AUGCGGCGGCCGAAUGCCUCGGGCCACGACGCGUCCUCCUCGUUCAUCGGCGCGGACGGACGCAUCGUCCUGACGCCCACGCGGCCCCAGGACGUGGGCGCGGCCUACGGCCAGGUGGCCACGCCGUCCUUCGGCCCGCACGGCUCGUUCCGCCGAGACCAGUCGCUGCGCCUGAACGCGUCCGGCCUGCACUCGCAUCCCACGGCCGGCAGCCACCAAGUGCCGAGCGAGCGGCGGCCCGACCACAAACUGUCGCUGCGGGCGCUGGCCGUGCUGCGGACGGCGGCCGAGGUGCUGUUCGCGCUGUGCCUGAUCGUGGCCGUGGGCGCGCGGGCCAACCUCGUGUCGCUGUAUUAUUUAUUGGUGUUCUGCUACGGCACGGUGCAGUCGUUCCAGUCGCGGGCCGUGACCCUGCUGACACUGGCCGUAGCGCUCGUGGCCUGCGCCUGCCACGCGGCCAUCAGGGGAAUUUACGGAGACGACGACAGCUAUGCGGGCGCGGACGUGGCCAAGCUCUUCGGCUUCCGGCCCAUGCACAACUCGAAGGAGUAUCUCCAGGGCGUCGGCGUGGACGUGCUGGUGCUAGUUUGCAGCGCGUUCCACUACUGGUACGUGCUGCGGAGACUCAACACGCGGUCCAAGGAGCAGCGCGAGCAGGAGCUGGCCCAGCAGCACUUCGACCUGUUCGAGAUGGGCGAGCAGCUCAUCAACCGCAGUGAGCCCAAGCGCGACCGGCGGCGGUCCAUGCUGCGCGCAGUGGAGCUGUUCAGCGCCGUGCUGCUGUUCCUCACGUCCGUGUCCGUGCCGGCCUUCGCCACGGGCGUACUGUACGUGCUGCUGCUGCAGCGCUUGAUCGGCUACACGGUGUUCGUGCGCAGGAUGACGGUGCAGGAACUGCUCUCUCGCAAGUCGGGCGUCAAGUUCUCGAGCUACUUCCUCGGGCCAAAGACCACGAACGUCGUGCUGGGCUUGAGUCUCAUCAUCAUCGUGGCAUGGUACGUCUUCCAAGUGGACCAGCUGACCGACAACGACACAGUGCAGGAGGUCGGCAAGUACGCGGGCUUUGCAAACUUUCGGGACGGCGGAGUUCGGUGGCAGUACUACUUCUUCGCGGGCUUCCUCUUCCUGCUCUUUGUUAGCUGCGCCAAGCUGCACAACCUGCACGCGGAAGCGAAGGAGAGUUCUGUGGAUGCCGACGUGGCGCGGUCGCUGCUUGACCCGCUUGAUGAAAGGCAUCGGGCCCAGACUGCAGACAUCAAAGACCUGCUGAGUCAACAGUCCAUCGUAGUUCGAGCUUUCGCCCGCGACGGAGGUCUCCUGCUGGGCAGCGCGGCGGCCAUUGUGUGGUGCGUAUCGUACCCCUCCUACCUGUCGGCCGCGUUCUUAGGACUGGCGUUCGUGACCAUCGCAUCGUUCGGAGUCCUGUCGUCGUCGAUCUUCAUGUGGCUGCUGAUCGCGUACGGCACGCUCAUGGCGGUCGCAGAGUACACGAGCAACCUGACGAUCAACUUCGUGCCGGAUGGCUACACGACGUACGGCCUGCGCGUGUUCGACUACCCAUUUCUCGAUAUUGGAGCGCACACGCUGUGCCUCGUGUUCAUGUUUCUGGCCAUCCGAACGCAGUGGCGGUAUCAAGACGUCCUACGCGAGUCCAGAAAACGCCGAAACACGGCCAAGGUCUCUCGCGCCGCUGAGGACGGGGACCCCGUGGUCAAUGGUGAAAGAGCAAGCUUUGCCAACUUCGUGCGCCUGGCGAAGAUGCGCAGUGUAAGUGAAGUCCAAUCAGGCUGGCAAGCAGCAGCGCGAUUGUGGAUUAUCGACGCAAAGCGGGUUAUCUUCACCCAUUUGGACGCGCUGGUUCUUGCCACGAUUUUAAUUGUCGCGCUGAGCACCCACGUUUCAUUCUUGCAGAUCGGAUACUUGGUUCUUGCUGCGAUGCUCAUGCUGUUUUUCGAGAAGCGACGGCGGUUUUGGCGCGUGCUACUGCUUUAUGCCCUUGGGGCCUGCUUUGCCGUGUUUCUCCGCAAUGUCGACUGCACGGAGAGCUCCGAGAUGGAGCUUAUCGGGCUGCAGUGCUAUCACCCAGGGCUCUACACGUGGGGGUCGUUGUGGCCAACACUCUUUAGCGCACAGCUUCUGAUCAUCUUCCAGUUGGUCUUUCAGCUUGUGAUCUAUGUGGCCAACAGUGAAGCAAUCGAGGAACGCAUGAAAACGCGGGAACAUGUCCGACAGAACCCCGUCUUCUUCGUCUCCAGACUUGCAGUAGAGAUCGACAAUUGGUUCCGCAUCUGUGGAGUGCUACUUUGCUACACUGCGUUCAUCGUCGUGGUGCUGCAGUUCGAGAGUGGGCCAAACAGCUUGAGCACGAAUAUGGUCGGGGGCGUGCAGUUGGCGUUGUUCCUGAUCAUCUUCGGUAAUCAUUUGGGCGGCUUCCAGUCGGCUCCGAGAACGUCGUUGCGCCUCCAGGUGCUGUGGUCGUUGGCGCUGCUGGUUGAAGUUGUGAUCUUGGUGGCGAGAUACAUCUACCAGUUCGAGGAAGUGUCGACAUACUUGGAGGAGCAUUUCUUCACGUCCGCCUUCAUUUCAGCGCAAGACUUCGGCCUCGAAUACCACGCGUCCAACAGUGGAAUCUCUGACGUCUUCCUGUACUUGCUCCCCACCGCGGUUAUGAUGGGGCUGUGCUUCUGGCAGCUCUCGUCCAUGAUGAAGGACGUCACGCCGUACGACUUUUUCACUGCUGGCCGAAGCCGCGCAGCCGAUUGCAUCCGCUUCGUGAUGGAAACUGUGCAGCACCUGUUGAUCUCGUUCAGCGCGACGACGCUGGUGAUUGUGACCAUGUGGGUUGCGCUAGACCAGAUCAGCUUCGUGGGAUGGCUCUACAUUGUGCUUCUGAUCGGAGGCCGAGCCUUGAGCGACUCGUGGAAGCAGCUGUGGUUUCCGCUUUUCUGGCUAGCGGCGCUGUCGAUGUUGUUGAAAUACCUGAUCCAGUUGAGCACCUUCAACACGGAACAAAGUGGCAGUGACGUGCUGUUCAAGCCUGGCGACGACAGUGACUGGGUCGGCAUGAUUCGCCUGGACGAGCGCUACAAGGACAGUGUUGGCAAGCCGCAGCUGUGGGAUUUGUUGUCCGGGGAGUUCUGGAUCAUCCUGAUGUGCGCGCUUCAGCGUGUGGCGCAGUACUUCGACUCAUCGUCGUCAGCUCGACGCCAAGCAGAGCUCGAGGAACUGACGGCUCGGUUCGAAGAGCAGUACGCGCUGUAUGCAGCAAAUAACCUGGACUCGUAUCACCCCACCUCCUCUUGCGAAGUGGACGACGACGAAGAUGAUCUCAAAGACCGCGCUCGUGCUUUCACUAAACGGGGCCACACAACGUUGUCAGCCGUCUCCGCGGAUGACAAGGAUUUCUUUUCGUGCCUGCGCAGCUUCUGCACCACGUACGCCAGCAAGGCGUCCGUGAACGUGGUGAUGCUCUUGCUCACAGUGUCGUGCUUUGUCCACCAAGACAUCAUCGCGAUGAUUUAUCUGCUCAUCGUGUACAGCAUGAUGUACGCAUAUCCUGCGACGGUGUGCAGACGAUGGUGGGCGUUAGCGUGGAUGUUGUCCUUGGUGAUCGUGCUGGAGUACUCGGUGAUCUUGUGGUUCCCUCCUUUCCUGGACAUCAACAUGGAGGAAACCUUCCCGUGGCGGUCCAUCUCGGACACUUACGAGAAGUGGCUGGUGCUGAGCAACCAGCACAAGUGGGCGCUGAUGGCGGACUUUGUGGCCCUGCUGAGUGUGUAUCUCCUGCCGGAUUCCAAGAGAUUCGUUGAAGACGAGGAGGUGAUCACGGUGGUCGAUGAAUCAGCAGCAACCCUGAAGCUAACCCACGACAGCGUACUGGUUGACGACAGCACUGGAGGCACGAGCAAAGUUCCUUUCGCAGUGUCCUCCGGGGAGGUCACGUACGUCUUGCUGAUGCGCAAGUACGUCUGGCACUACCUGGAGUUUGUGUUCCUUGCGAACUGGUUGCCGCUGCUGCUGCUCUUAGUGUUCGUGUUCGGUGCGAAGCAAGGCGGUGCAGUCUCGAUCGCGUAUCUGCUGGGGGCGUUGGUGAUGCUGUAUCGACUGGACGAAGCGCGCGAGCCUUCCAACCCGUGGAUCCAAUACUUGCGCAAGUGGAACUGGGGCCACUUGUUCGUUAUCACCCUCAUCAAUGCGCCCUACGUGUACUCUGCGCUGAGCAACUGCCUCAUCGGAACAAGGUCGGGGGAUGACGAUAGCUGCAUGUCCGUCGCCAACUUCCUCGGUGUGGAAGCCAACAAGGUCCCGUACGGCCUCAUCGCUCUGUUUGUGCUGAUCUCCAUCCAGUGCGAGAUUCUCAUCGCGCCAACGUACCAGACCGUGCUCUCGAUUCUCAUCAGCGAGCAGAGCCGCGCGUCAAUUCGUCGGGAGGAGAUCGUGCGUGACUUCUAUCGUCGGCGAACGGAGCAAUGGUACGCUAUGAAGAAGGACAAGAACGCAGCGAUCCAGCGGCUCAAGAUCAUCGUCUCCAAGCUCGUGCAUAAGGUCGAGGAGCUCAUGGACAUCGCCUUGGGUCUGCACCAUAAUCUGCCCCCGAUGGCCCCGACCAAACCUGUUGCGGUUGAGCGCACGCAGAAUUCGGCCACGAUCUCGUGGGAAAAGCCCACGGGGAGCUACCACAAGAUCCGCUACUACCGCAUCUCGCGGCAACAGUUUCCGUCCAUGACACUCCUCGGAGACUUUGGAGACAUUGUCGAGAUCUCUGGCGACCGCUGUGAGGCUCGAAUCGAAGGCCUUCGCCCCGGAACCAGCUACCAGUUCAAAGUGUGCGCUGUCUCGCGAAUGGGAGAAGGCCCGUUCAGUGCCGCCAGCGACCCCAUCGCAACUUACCCUUUGAACCUGGAUGGAUCGACCACCGCUGGCUGGAUGAAGUAUCGCCGCGAGAAGCUGCCAGCGCCUCGCUUCGGCUUCCUGGUCGCGUGGAUGAAGGCCAAGUAUCUGCACCGCUACGUGGUCAUCGACUCGAGUCACUUGGUGUUCUACCAAGACGAAGACAAGGCGCUCAGACACCGCAGUCGCAAACACAGGAAGCGCCUGAAAACGUCGUUCAAAUGGCGCGACGUGAUCUCGCUCAAGCUCAGUGACACCAAGGUGCAGUUCGACGACAUGUCACCGUCAUUGUACUGCUUCGAGAUUGUCGUGCGCCACGCCGGCAGCCGCGGCGACGUCAAGUACGUGUUCCAGUCGGAGCUCACGAAGGAGUUCAACAUGUUCCUCUCGGCGCUGGCGUUUGCUGUUCCGCGUGAAGCAUUGGACGAAAGCAUUAUGGAGUGCCUCAAGGAGCGGAGCUUGCCGAACCCUCUCGACGUCGCUCCACCGUCUCGCAGUGGCGAUGAUGACCCGAACUACGACGAGAACAAGAGCGAAUGGAGCAGUGUGACCGGUGACGAAAGUAUGUUGGGCGACCCAGAGGACGAGGAGUUCGAUGACAAGAGCGGCUUUGCCUGGCGUAUCCCGCUGUACAGACUCCUGUACAACCUCCAGAACGCCGGGUUCAAGCUGGAGACCACGCAGUAUGAAGAAGACGAUCUGAAUGAGCCUUCGGUUGCUGAGAUCGGCCAGCUUGUCAUCAACGGGGUGCGCAGCAAGAGCGCGAGUAUCUGCUGCCUGGCCAUGGUCAUCUGCUUUACUGUACAGGCGGACUUGCUGAACAUGGUCUACGUAAUGGCCGUCUUCGGCUUUUUGGUCGUCGAGAACCCUCGUCCGGCCCCGAUGGUGUGGACGCACCUCCUGGCUUACACGUGCUGCAUCACUGCGUUGCGGUAUUUGUUCCAGCUCUCGAUCUUCUGCACUGGAAUGACCGACGUCGGCUACUUCUACCCGAGCUUUGAGCCGUACUGCACGGCAGCGAGCGACGCAGCGACCAACGCGAAAUCCAUCCAGCCGAUGGUGCUGUUCGGGCUCUACAAGUUCGACGGGAUCGCUAUCAGCGACAUCACGUCAGUGUACGACGGCUUGCAAUGGGACUUUUACGUCAUGCUGUUCCUGUUGUGGCACCAGCGAGAGCUUCGCCUUCAGGGCUUCUGGGCGGAAGCUCACAGUGGGGACUUGGUGGACGACCAGGCUUCGUCACGUUACAAGUCCGAGGUCAUGCGCGGACUGCGAGCAUCGUUCUCUUCGUCGCACGACUCCAUUGACGACGCGUUCCUGUACGAUGGUCCUGUUACCACCAAGAAGCUCGAGCGGGCUCCGUCCUUCACCUCUCAGCGCAGCAGCAGGAACCUUCUGAUAGUGGAGAGGGCAGCGACUAACGCGAGUGUUGUGAGCUUGGACAACGCAGACAUCUGCAACGAGGUCGCAGCGCAGGUUCUACAAGAGAUGCGUGAGCAGGAGAAGCAGGAAGCUGAGCAGAAGAAGGCGGAGGCAGCGAUGGCUGCAGCUCAGAAUGCGGCUGACAAUGUGGCGCACUCUCCUUCGGCAGGCGCAGACAACGUCGUCUCGAAGCAGGUUGACAUGGACGCGGACGAGUCGGAGGUCGGGUUCCACGCGCGCGCCAAGGAAUCAUGGCUUCAGAAGAAGUACCCCAAGGCCUACGAGUACUUCCAGACGGUCAUCUGCAAGCCGCCAGCUCAAUGGGAUAAGGACAUCCAGGUGGCCAUUACGGGGGAGAAACCCGGCCGUGACUUCUAUACUGCGUCGCUGUCGGUGCUCCUCUUCUCGUCUAUCUACGCCGUCAUCUUCUAUGAGGAGUUGGGCGAGGCAGACUCGAGCAGCACCUCAGUGGCGGACGCAAACAGCCGCGUGUCGUCGUCGUCGCUGCUGUCUGGGUACCUCGUGCUGCUGGUGUUGAUCGAGCUGAUCUUCAUCAUCUGGGACCGCGUGGCCUACGUCUGCUCGUCGCUGCAGUCCAAGGUCGUACUGCAGUACGCGUACACGUUCGCGCUGCACAUGACUGUGUGGUACUUCCUUCCUAGCAACACCAACAUCUACUUCCAGCAACGACCAGCGCUUGUGGCGUUCUACCUCUUCCAGUGCGUGUACCUCUGGCUCGGCGCGCUGCAGAUCCGAUACGGCUACCCGGCGUACCUCGGCAGCCGCUACAACUACACAGAGGAGACCAGGGUGACUGCGGUGAGCGAGAUGCUCUUCGGGCUGAUGAUGCAGGCGCCGUUCUUGUUCGAGAUGCGCGCCCUGCUGGACUACAUCUGCACCAAGACGUCGCUGAGCUGGCAGCACUGGGUGCUGCUGGAAGACACUGCGGCCCACCUCUUCGGCGUCAAAGGCGAGAUGAAAGGCCGAGUGGAGGAGGCCGAAAUCCUCCAGGGCAAGAAGCGGCAGCCCAUGAGGAAGAAGAUGGCGUCGGCCGGCGUCAUGCUGCUGUUCCUGCUCAUCUGUCUCGUGGGUCCGCUGGCCAUGUUCAGCUCCAUCAACCCCAGCACGACGGCGAACGAGGUGACGCUGACUACGGUCGUGUUUGGCAUCGUGGACGAGCAGGAGACCAUGAACCAGCUAUACUCCAACAGCGACAGCAACAGCCCAUCCUGCAAGGUCGACCUCAACACGGACAGCGCGUCCGUGCAGUGCGUCGAGUUCGACGUCUUCUCGUACGACGUGUGGGCCUUAUCCCCGCCUCGCAUGGACCUCCUCGUGACGCAGCUGCAGUCCACGCAGGCGCUCAACUGGACCAUCGAGUUCACGUUCACGCGGCCUGGCCCCACGGACGACGAGGUGAUCUCGUCCAAGUAUUCCGUCCGAAUGACCGAUGAGCACCGCAACGCGCUUAUCCCGAUGAUCAAACAGACCGUGACGGAAGACGAUGGCAGCUCGACGGUGGCUUCCAUCCAGAUAGACAACCUCUUCCCCGCCGUCUUGCAGCUGACGGCCAACAGCGGCGUCCUCCAGCGGUCGACCGAGAUGCGCUCAGUGGCCGUCACCAAGCACGCGUCGGACGGCUCGACGUGGUGGACGAUCACGCCGGUGAUAGGGGAGUCGGGCACGAACUACUGCUCCGCGGCCUACCCGUUCUGCAUCGUGGCCGUGUCGGACCGCAUCGUGCAGGGUCUCACGACGCUCGGUAUCAGCUCGUACGGACUCACCGCCGUGUACGUGUUCGUGGUGGUCACUGUGGGUAGCGCCGUCAAGGGGUUCUUCCGCGGCAAGCUGUUCCAGAUCCAAUACGAGGAGCUACCUGACCCGGAAGACGUGCUGGAGCUGGUGGAGGGCAUCUACAUCGCCCGACACGAGCAUUACGUGGGGCACCUGAAGGACGAGGUGCGCAUCUUCGAGACACUGGUGCGCGUGCUCCGCUCUCCUGAGACCCUCAUCAAGGUCACGGGCACCAACGUCAUCCACAUCCCAACCGCCAAGGAGAAGCUCGACUAA